AAACGCGGCUCCGUCGCACGUGGACCGCGGAGCUGCUGCGCGUCGCCACAGAUCGCCGGCUCCGGCGCCGCGACUCCAGGUACAGGGAGCGACCAGGAAGGGCAGGAGAGCGCGCCCGGGCCCGGGCCCGGCCCCAGCCGCCUCCGCCCCGCUCCGCGCCACUCGGUUCCCGCCCCAUGGCUCCGCGGCCGCCGCCGCCCAAGCCGCCCUCCAGCCCGGAGGGGCCUCGCGGCAGCGGGUGCGAGCGCUCGGUGAAGGACUGAACGGACCGCCGCCUCCUCGCGGGCCACCCCGCCAUCCUAAGGAAAGCCGGGGCGGGAGAGACAGGCGGGAGGAAGCAGGAGCGAGCAGGAAGCCGGGCUCCGGCGCCGCGGGACGGUCCAGCCCGGGGAAGGCUGCGCCCCGGGCCGCAGCGGCGGAGCCGCCGGGUUGCGCCGAGCUCCGGGCUGGCGGCUGCGGAGAGGCGGCUCGGUGCCCCCGGGCGGCCCCGCGCACCUGCCCGCGGCCGGCGCUCCGGACUCACCUGGCUCCCGGCGCCCCUUCCCCAUCCCCGCCGCCGCGCCCGGGCGGGGCUCCGCGGGCCUGAGCGCGGCCGGGUCUAAUAUGCCCGGAGCCGAGGCGCGAUGAAGGAGAAGUCCAAGAAUGCGGCCAAGACCAGGAGGGAGAAGGAAAAUGGCGAGUUUUACGAGCUGGCCAAGCUGCUCCCGCUGCCGUCGGCCAUCACUUCGCAGCUGGACAAAGCGUCCAUCAUCCGACUGACCACGAGCUAUCUGAAGAUGCGCGCCGUCUUCCCCGAAGGUUUGGGAGAGGCGUGGGGACAGCCGAGCCGCGCGGGGCCGCUGGACAGCGUUGCCAAGGAGCUGGGAUCGCACUUGCUGCAGACUUUGGAUGGAUUUGUUUUCGUGGUAGCAUCUGAUGGCAAAAUCAUGUAUAUAUCCGAGACAGCUUCUGUACAUUUAGGAUUGUCCCAGGUGGAGCUGACCGGCAACAGUAUUUAUGAGUACAUCCACCCUUCCGACCACGACGAGAUGACUGCUGUCCUCACCGCCCACCAGCCUCUGCACCAUCACCUGCUCCAAGAGUACGAGAUGGAGAGGUCAUUCUUUCUUCGAAUGAAGUGUGUCUUGGCGAAAAGAAACGCGGGCCUGACCUGCAGUGGAUACAAGGUCAUCCACUGCAGCGGCUACUUGAAGAUCAGGCAGUAUAUGCUGGACAUGUCCCUGUACGACUCCUGCUACCAGAUCGUGGGGCUGGUGGCCGUGGGCCAGUCGCUGCCGCCCAGCGCCAUCACCGAGAUCAAGCUGCACAGUAACAUGUUCAUGUUCAGGGCCAGCCUCGACCUGAAGCUCAUAUUCCUGGACUCCAGGGUGACGGAGCUGACGGGGUACGAGCCACAGGACCUGAUCGAGAAGACCCUGUACCACCACGUGCACGGCUGCGACGUGUUCCACCUGCGCUACGCACACCACCUCCUGCUGGUGAAGGGCCAGGUCACCACCAAGUACUACCGGCUGCUGUCCCGGCGGGGCGGCUGGGUGUGGGUGCAGAGCUACGCCACCGUGGUGCACAACAGCCGCUCGUCCCGGCCCCACUGCAUCGUGAGUGUCAAUUAUGUACUCACGGAGAUUGAAUACAAGGAACUUCAGUUGUCCCUGGACCAGGUGUCCACUUCCAAGUCCCAGGACUCCUGGAGGACCGCCUUGUCUACCUCACAGGAAACUAGGAAAUUAGCUAAACCCAAAAAUACGAAGAUGAAGACAAAGCUGAGAACAAACCCCUACCCGACACAGCAAUACAGCUCGUUCCAAAUGGACAGACUGGAAUGCGGCCAGCUGGGAAACUGGAGGGCCAGUCCCCCCGCAAGCGCCCCGGCUCCCCCAGAACAGCAGCUCCAUUCAGAGAGCAGCGAGCUUCUGUACGCGCCGUCCUACGGCCUGCCCUUCUCCUACCACUACGGACACUUCCCCCUGGACUCGCACGUCUUCAGCAGCAAAAAGCCAAUGUUGCCGGCCAAGUUCGGGCAGUCCCAAGGAUCCCCUUGUGAGGUGGCACGCUUUUUCCUGAGCACGCUGCCAGCCAGCGGCGAAUGCCAGUGGCAUUACGCCAACCCCCUAGUGCCUAGCAGCCCGUCUCCAGCUAAAAACCUCCCGGAGCCACCGGCGAACACCGCUCGGCACAGUCUCGUGCCAAACUACGAAGGUGGGUCAGGUCCGCACGCAGGGACGCAGGGAGGACUGGGAACAGACGGGGCCCGAGGCAGCGGUGGCAGUGGGUGGCAGAUGGAAAAAGAAUCCUCAGGCUUUAGGCAAACUUUUCCUUCUUCUGCUUCUAAGCAGGACUUGCUGUGCUCCCCUGCUCUCCGGGCAAGCGCUUCAGGAGAGUGAGAAAGGACACUCUGAAUGCCUCAGGGACACUAGCGACAGUAUAAAGGGCAAAGGAAAACCAAGUGUUCAGCCUUCAUGCCAAUCCUGGCCUCAUUCACUCCCCAAAAGGAGACAGUGAUUUUCAAAAGCAGCUCACAUGUGCUGAGAAUGCCCCAGCUGCAUUUAUUUUUACAAGAUUACUUUCCACUCCACCCAGAAAUGAAUACGAGAGACACAGAGUCUACUGGUUUUCUUCCCAUGCCAGUUUUCAAAGGGAGGAAAUGUAUGGAAAUUGUGGAAAUGUAUGGGCUGAGGGACAGAAAUGCCACUCACCACCCCAGGGCAGAUUACAUAAAACCUCUAGGCCUCAGUUUCUUCCUCUGUAAAAUGGGAUCAUAAGCAGUGUGACGUGCCUACUCCAGGGCAUGGCACACAGGAGGGGCCUGCCCAGCACGUGCUAGUUCAGCAACAGACACAAAUGGCCUUUUUGCCUUCUGCUCCCGGUAGCACGCAAGCAGAUGGGCGCUGUGGAGGUGCCAUCGAGCUGCCUAGGACACAGGCUCCUGUUUGCUCAUUGAACCAACCCCAGGCAGAGGGGGGGUGGGGAUUGAGGGUUAGCUACAGGAAUGUGACAUCAGGGUGACAUGCCCCAGAAACGAAUUGCACCAGCCCCUACUUAAAGAGGGGCUAAGAAGGGGAGCUCCCAGAAUGUUCUUUCUCUCUCAGUAGGGCUCCUCACCUCCUCAGGCUUCUUCCUGCUUUGGAUGCAAAUCCCAGAAAUCUCUUGCUCAGCUCUGUAACACAACUUUAGAUACGUUUCUUCUCCAAAUCUGAGAAGAGGGAUAUAGUUCAAGGGAGAAAUCUAACCUUGGAGAUCGCUAGGACAUGUUUUAACUUAGAAAAGACCAUCCCAGCGGCCAGGGCCGUGCUGCCCUGCCUUUUGGCCUGUGGCUGUCCCUGGAGUCACCGACUCUCAGAUUUGAACCCCCAAUACCCAUCAGUGCUUUGGGUCCCUCACACAACUAACUAGGGGAUUUUUCGAAACAUCCAAGGAAAGAAAGACACAAGAAAGAGUUUUGAGACAGCUGGAAACAUUAUCCACUUGAGAUUGGAAUUUGAAUUAUUGCUGUGUGUGUCUGGAAGUUGGCCUAUGAUAUGUCACAUAGCGUUUGAUUUUUAUUGCUAUUUUAAAAGUGAAAGAGGUUAAUAACCUAACUUGUUCUUCACACACUUGAUAAAAAAUAGACCAAAGGUGCUAAUUGGAGGCAGUCUGUGAUCAACUUCCUAAUCUUUUUGGUAUGAAAGAAAGUCAAAGAGUGUCACAUAAAGUUAAAAAAAAAAAAGCCCCAAACAAAAAAUACCCCCCAGAAUUGGGUAGGGGUCGUUCUUUAAUUAUGAUACAGACCAGGGUGGUGACCACCUGAGGGAUAAACAACAAUCCGGGCAGACUGGGACCCCCUAACACGAGGGCUCCUGGUGGUCUCCAGACCCCUGCUGCUAAUCAAUCAGGCAGCCACUAGCCCUGCGUGGCUGUCGAGCAUGGACAGUGGCCAGCGCCACGAGAUGUGUGAAGUAAGCCCUGCAUCUCAAAGGCAGUACCAAAAAAAAAAAAAAAAGAAAAAGAAAAAAAAGGGAAAAUGAAAUCCCCCAUUAAUUUAAAAUACUGACCACACACUGAAGUAGUAUUUUGGACGUGUUGCGUUAAGCGCAUUGUUUAACCGGAGUUCCACCUGCUU